CCUGCAGAGGGGAUCAGGCAGGAUGCUCUGGCUUCCAGCAGGCCAUGACAUCAGCAGCGCCCUGGAGCCUUCUAACAUCGACACCAGCAUCCUGGAGGAGUACAUCAGCAAGGAGGAUGCAUCCGACCUCUGCUUCCCCGACAUCGCUGCUCCUCCCGGCGCUGCCUCCUACCCCCAUGGGCAGCCUGCAAUGCCCGGCUCCAGCGGGGUGCACCACCUGAGCCCCCCCGGGGGUGGACCCUCCCCUGGGCGCCAUGGCCCCCUCCCGCCCCCGAGCUUCGGGGGCCCCCUCAACUGCAACAACAACAACGGCAUGGGCGCUGCUCCUAAGCCCUUCUUGGGGGGGCCCGGGCCCCCCAUCAAGGCUGAGGCCAAGGCUCCCUAUGCCCCUGGCACCCUGCCGGACUCGCCCCCAGACUCGGGCUCCGAGGCCUACUCCCCUCCGCAGGUGAAUGACCCCCACCUCCUGCGCACGCUAACCCCUGAGGCUCUGUGUCAUGUGGGGGUGCCGUCCCGCCUGGAGCACCCACCACCCCCUCCAGCGCACCUGCCGCCGGGGCCCCCGCCGCCCCCGCCUCACUACCCCGUCCUGCAGCGGGACCUGUACAUGAAGGCUGAGCCCCCCAUCCCCCACUAUGCGGCCAUGGGGCAGGGACUGGCACCCAGUGAUCUCCACCACUCUGAGCAGUCCCAGAUGUUACACCAGCUGCUGCAGCAACACGGAGCCGAGCUCCCUACGCACCCCUCCAAGAAGAGGAAGCACUCCGGGUCACCCCCCCACACCCUCAACGCCCAGAUGCUGAAUGGCAUGAUCAAGCAGGAGCCGGGUACCAUGGCGGCCCUGCCCCAGCACCCUGCUAGAGCCCCAUCCCCACCCUGGCCUCCCCAGGGCCCACUCUCCCCAGGCCAGGGCUCCUUGCCUCUCAGCAUCACCCGGGUCCAGACGCCGCCUUGGCACCCCUCAGGCCCACCCUCACCAGGUCUCCUGCAGGACAGCGACAGCCUCAGCGGCUCCUACCUGGACCCCAGUUAUCAGUCCAUCAAGUGGCAGCCGCACCAGCAGAACAAGUGGGCGACACUCUACGAUGCCAACUACAAGGAACUGCCCAUGCCCACCUACCGCGUGGACGCCGACAAGGGCUUCAACUUCUCCGUGGGCGACGAUGCCUUUGUGUGUCAGAAGAAGAACCACUUCCAGGUCACAGUGUACAUCGGCAUGCUGGGUGAGCCCAAGUUCGUCAAGACCCCCGAAGGCCUCAAGCCCCUCGACUGCUUCUACCUAAAGCUGCACGGAGUGAAGCUGGAGGCCCUGAAUCAGUCAAUCAACAUUGAGCAGUCUCAGUCUGACCGGAGCAAGCGGCCCUUCAACCCCGUCACGGUCAAUCUGCCCCCUGAGCAGGUCACCAAGGUGACCGUGGGGCGGCUGCACUUCAGCGAGACCACCGCCAACAACAUGCGCAAGAAGGGCAAGCCCAACCCUGACCAGAGGUAUUUUAUGCUGGUGGUGGCUCUCCAGGCCCACGCACAGAACCAGAACUACACGCUGGCCGCCCAGAUCUCGGAGCGAAUCAUCGUGCGGGCCUCCAAUCCAGGCCAGUUUGAAAGCGACAGCGACGUGUUGUGGCAGCGGGCGCAGGUGCCGGACACCGUCUUCCACCACGGCCGCGUGGGCAUCAACACAGACCGACCAGACGAGGCGCUGGUCGUGCACGGCAACGUCAAGGUCAUGGGCUCGCUCAUGCACCCCUCAGACCUGCGGGCCAAGGAGCAAGUGCAGGAGGUGGACACCACGGAGCAGCUGAAGAGGAUCUCGCGCAUGCGGCUGGUGCACUACCGCUACAAGCCCGAGUUCGCCGCCAGCGCGGGCAUCGAGGCCGCGGCGCCAGAGACCGGUGUCAUCGCCCAGGAGGUGAAGGAGAUCCUGCCCGAGGCUGUGAAGGACACAGGAGACGUGGUCUUUGCCAACGGGAAGACCAUCGAGAACUUCCUGGUGGUGAACAAGGAGCGCAUCUUCAUGGAGAACGUGGGGGCUGUGAAGGAGCUGUGCAGGCUGACCGACAACCUGGAGACGCGCAUUGACGAGCUGGAGCGUUGGAGCCACAAGCUAGCCAAGCUCCGGCGCCUCGACAGCCUCAAGUCCUCAGGCAGCUCGGGCGCCUUCAGCCACGCUGGGAGCCAGUUCAGCCGAGCAGGCAGUGUCCCUCAUAAGAAGAGGCCCCCCAAGGUGGCCUGCAAGUCAUCGUCCGUGACCCCAGACCAGGCCUGCGUCAGCCAACGCUUCCUGCAGGGUACCAUCAUCGCCCUGGUCCUGGUCAUGACUUUCAGUGUCGUGUCCAUGUCCACACUAUAUGUGCUGAGCCUACGGACCGAGGAGGAUCUAGUGGAUGCUGAUGGCUCUUUUGCCGUGUCCACUUCCUGUCUCCUGGCUCUGCUCCGGCCCCAGCACCCUGGGGGGAGCAAGGCCAUGUGCCCAUGCAGGUCCAGUCAGAGCUUUGGGACCACGCAAUUUCGCCAGUCCCCUGUGCCCGCUGGGCUGCCCGGCACACAGUCCCCUCUGCUGCCGGUGACCACUGGCCUGCUCAGCUCGUCCCCCCGCCCAGCCAUCCGUACCUUGGACCUGUGUUCCAGCCACCCCUGCCCAGUCGUCUGCUGCUCCUCACUGCCCCCCAGCCCCACCACGGACUCCGAUCCUACCACCAACCACUCAGGCCCCAGUCAGAUGGCCCUGCUGCCAGUCACCAACAUCAAAGCCAAGUCCUGGGGCCUUUCGGCCAAUGGCAUCGGCCACUCCAAGCCUCCCAAGAGCCUGGAGCCCGUGGCCAGCCCUGCAGUCCCCUACCCAGGGGGCCAGAGCAAAGUCAAGAACAGCCCCAGCCUUGCUCUUCACGGCCGUGCCCGCCGAGGCGCCCCUCAGUCCAGCCCAAGCCCUGCCCAGCCCACUCAGGCUCAGAGCCAACCAGAACCAGUGCCCGCCCUGACCUCCAUCCAAGUGCUGGAGACGUCAAUGCCCAUCACUUCCCAGUACUGCGCGCCAGGGGAUGCCUGCAGACCCGGGAACUUGACCUACCACAUCCCGGUCAGCAGCAGCACCCCACUGCACCUGAGUCUGACUCUGCAGAUGGACUCCCCCUCCCCCGUGUCCGUGGUGCUGUGCAGCCUGACGACAGAGGAAGAGCCCUGCGAGGAGGGGGGCUUCCUCCAGAGCCUCCCCACCCACCAGGACACCCAGGGCACCUCCCACCAGUGGCCAAUAACCAUGCCGUCUUUCCGCGAGUUCACGUACCACUUCCAGGUGGCGCCGCUGGGUCAGGCCAACUGCAGUGCAGAGGCCCCGGGCCAAGCGGCCACCAACUACUACUUCCAGUUCUCCCGCCUGUGCAACUGAGCACCAGGGGUCCGCUGGACGCUACACUGGAGCCUGGCUAGCCAGUUCUCUGCUCACUGGAACCCCCUCUGCAGAGGCUGAAGCCAGCACAGGGCACAACUCAAGUCCUCACACUGGAGCGGCUGUUCCUGCUGGGAGCCCUCACGUGCCCCCAGCAGCAGAGUGAACCCGAGCCAGAGGAGACCUGGAGCCAGGAUGAAGCCCACUCACAUCUGGUCCGGGUGUGGUGGGGGGCUGGCUUCAGUGCCCUGGAGGCAAGGGAUAGCCUGUACCCCAACUUGUCCCGGACCCUGCUGGCCCCUACCUCCCCUGUAGAGGUCAGGAGCCACCCCUCUUUGGGAAGGGGACCUGCCUCUGAGAUCAGCCGGGGGCCUGGAUCCAGCCUGGCCCUAUGAGUCAGUGGUGGGCAGAGCAGCUGCUCCCUGGAAGGGUAGGGGGCCUGGGUAUCAGACUUUGGGGCAUGACUGUUACACUGGACUUGGACUUCUAAGCUUUAAGCAUGGCCUAUGGGUUCUCUUCUCCCCUGGGAGAGCUUGGCUCCCAAGAGCACUCAGGGCAGCUGAGGCCAGCCCUGAAUGGGUUGGAGACUGACCACGUGCCUUAUGUACCCUUAGUGCCUGGCUGAAGCCACCCCCAGCCCUUUGCAGGCCUGCACCGGUAUGGGCCCGGGGGCCCUUGAACCUGGAGUGCUCUGCAGAGGGAGAAGCUCCCUGGGAACUCUCCCUCACUAGGCAGAGGAGCAGGAAUCCCUGCCAGGCAGCAGGUAGUCUCUGCUGGGAGGUGGAUGCAUAUAGCUUUUGUGUUAUUAAUGAAGUAAUUACUAAAAUGCACUUAAACCAGGGCAGGGUGGAGUUCAAAGCCCAGAGGUGAUACUUGUAAGGACAAGGUAGCAGCUCCCAGCCUGUGGAGCCUUCCCAGGGCACCGGCUGGGCGAGCUGUCAGCGGGCCCACCUCUGCCCUGCCUCCCAGAGCAGAACGGCGGGUUAGUGAAGAUGCUUCCUCUCAAAUGUCAACAUCUUUCCCUUGAGUGUGAGCCUGGAGCCUUCAGAGGCCACAUCCAGGUACCUAAGUUGGGAAUCAGUUAGUGAUGUCUGCCCUGGCUUCAGAAGUGGGCUCCACCACCUUCUCGGUGUUUGAAGAAGGCAGGGCGGCUUUCUGUGGGAAGCCCUUGGUCGCAGCCUGAGGGUUGCAGGCCCCUCUCCCGUGGGCCUUGAAGCACUUAAUGCCUGAUAGGGAACACCAAGAACUGACUCGGAAUAGCCCGACAGGACCCCAAGGAUAGCCCCAGGGGGGUUUCGAGGCUGCUAUCUUAACAGAAGAAUCUUUCUAUGAGAAUUUGGCUGGUGGGUUCAAACACUGAUCUUCCGACAAACAGCAGAGUGCUUAACCACUGUGCCACCAGGGAUACCACACCCUUAUCGACAUAGGUCUGCUGUUAUCCCACCUGCCACUAGGGGCUCCCUCCCUAAAGCCUGUACUGCAUCUUGGCCCUAGAGAUAGGAUUCUGGGGCUUGUGGGGUGGGGAGGGGCAGCGUGAGCACAUCCCGUCCUAGGUAACUGGAAAGUGACCCUGGAGCCCAUCUGGACCCAGCACCGCCCCAAUGUGGUGAGCAGCUGGCUGUCUCCAGGCCUGGGAAAGCAGGCCCCAGUGCAGGAGUUGGGGCCAAGCUGCUUGAGUGUGUGUGGGAUCAACCUUGGACCAAAGUUGCCUUAUGCCUGAGGUACAGGGGCUUCAGGAAGGCUUGGGGUUGCCAAGCCGGCCCUGGGGGAGGGGGAUCCUUGGCUCCAUGCACCCCCCUGCCCCCGCCCCAGGACCCUGCAGCCCACUUUCCUUCCUUCAAGCUGUACAUUGGGCCCCGCAGAAAACAGCACUGCCACCCCCCCCCCCAGCUGUUGUCUUUGUGUGUACCCUCUAGUUCCUUCCGACUCAUAGCCACCCUAUCGCCCCCUUACAAGCCUGUGUCUGCAUAAGGCGCCCCCGCCCCCUCCCGCCCAAGUUAACUCCCACUUCCUCUCCCUGAGCUCUGACUCAUAUUUAUCUCAUACCAACUGAGGGGGACAGCCUGCGUGCGUCCUGUCCCAUUCUUUUGUUUCUGGAGUAAAUAUACAUAUAUAAAUAAAUGUAUAAAUACUGCUUUGUAUCUGA